GUAAGCGCUAACCUGGUGCUAACAUAUUCUUGCGGGAACACAGAGCAUGUAUAGAAAAAAAAUAGCUCCGUGUCUUAAUUGUUAAUAAUGAGAAACUGUUUUAGCAGAGUCGCUUAUGCUCGCAAUAUCAAGGAAUCUACCUUUUGUCGUUAGUCUACUGUAACGUUUAUAAUUUUCGGCAAACGCGGGAUGUUACCAAACAUCAGCUCUUGUGUAAUAACUGUGGUUCUGAGGAGGUCGUUGUAUAAUAUCACGGACGUUACGCUUUCUUUUCCUCCAAAUGUCACAAAAGGGCGACUCUGAAAAUGACAUCUGGGAGUAUAAACCUCUUGAGAAGAAAAAGAAGAGACAGAAAUCACCCUCUGCAGUUACAGCUGUCACUAAAAGGAGAUAUGCCUCCAGAAAAACCUCCAAGAGAGACACUGCUUUCUCAGUCAAGGCACCUGAGAAAGUCAAGACAGCUGAAAGUGGACAGUUUAGUACUGAUGCUGUUAACGUAGAGACCCAUACUCUACCAUCAAAGGUAUCACCUACUUAUAAGACAGUUGAAACAGACAAUGCUGCAGAGGGAGACUUUUGUCCUAUGUGUCAGAUGCCCUUUUCUAUCUUGGUGGUACAGACUCAAAGGUGGCAUGUUGCUGAAUGUCUUGACACCCCCAGGGACAAAUGCAAAGAGUGUCCAGAUGGUCUACAGUGCUCCUCCACCAUUCCAAACCAUUACAAGAAAUUCAACCACACACUCCUGGCCCACAAUCGAGCAAACAGUGACGCAGCCCUCCUCAGUCUGUCCCAGCAUUUUGAAACCAGCAUGGAGACCAGCCUCAGUUGUCUCCCAGGACUGAAAAACAACGAGGUGGAGGGCUCUGCUUUAGACUCUUCACAGGACAGUGCUGUCAGUCUUUCUGCCUUAUCCCCUUGCAAUGAUAUCACUGGAACACCUCCGUCUAAACUUACAAAUGGACUUAUGUUCCUGCGCUCACCUGGCCCAGAGGAUUUUAAGAAAAAGAAAGGCUGGUCAUCCUCUACUAAAGGCCACAAGUCUAUCAGUGCUUCACAAGAAAGUAAAGCAGAGCUUUCAUCCACUCCUGUAAAGGAAGACAGUGGAGAACAAGCUUGUGAAAGUUCUCCCAAAACUGAGCCUUCUCCUGAAAGUGAUGAAGUCAUAUCCUACUCUCCUCUUUCUGAGUUUCCUACAGAAACUGAAGUCAAUAAUAGUAAGUGCAGAACAGUCCUCUUUAAUAGGGAUGCAUUUGAAAAUGAGGAUGAGGACUCAAUGGUGCUAUUUAGUGACGGCUUCUCAAGUGAAGACGAGAUCCUAACUCAGUUUAUAGAUAAUUUGGAAACCCAUAAUGUGCUGGGAAAGGACCCGUCUUCCUCAAACACCCAGCUGGAGUCAGUUACCUCAUUAGCACCUACUAAUCAGCUUGCAGCCGCUAAGGUUCCUGAAAACCAAGCUCACAGUGCCAUCAGUCCAUGCAAGACUAGUGCUCAGUCUCCACAGAGUAUUGUUUUAGAACGCCUGAGAGAAACUCUUCUAAGCUCAGAUAGCCUGCAUUUUAAAAAUUUGAACAACAGUAUUCAGUUAGAGCAGCCUAACGCAAAUUCUCAUCAAGUGCCUUCAACUCAAAUCUCCACUUCCCUUACAUCUGAAAUCAUGCCACCACAGAAGGGCCAGAGCAAGGUUGUUCAGGCCUCCUGUCUCAAGCAGACGGACAUUGGGGUGUUUUUUGGCCUCAAACCCCUCAAGCAGAAGGAGAAAGAGGCCAAGAAUGGACCAAAUGAAGUCGCCUCCGCCUCUGUUCCAACACUUGGUGAGAACCUAAAACACAGACGACAAAGGAGAGACAGGCAGAGGAAAAAUAAGGCUGACACAACUGCGGAUACCUCACAGGGGACAGUGUCUGUAGAUAGCAGUGAUGUAGCGAAUGCUCAGGGAGAAGAAAGGAAAGGUCAGACCAGAGGAUGGAGAAGAGGAAGGUGGAACCGAGGGAACGCUGACGGAGAAGUAGAAUUACCACGUUGUCCGUUCUACAAGAAGAUUCCAGGUACAAAGUUUGUCGUAGACGCCUUUCGGUACGGGGAAAUCGAGGGCAUAACUGCAUACUUCCUAACACAUUUCCACUCAGACCACUAUGGGGGGUUGACCAAGAACUCUACAUUUCCUAUCUACUGUAACAGAAUUACAGGGAACCUGGUGAAAAGCAAAUUGAAGGUGGCAGAGCAGUAUGUCCACAUCCUUCCCAUGAACACCCGGGUGACCGUGGAGGGGGUCGAUGUCAUCCUCCUGGACGCCAACCAUUGUCCAGGAGCUGCCAUGCUGCUGUUCUUCCUGCCCGAUGGACAGACAGUCCUCCACACUGGAGACUUUAGAGCUGAUCCCUCAAUGGAAACCUACCCUGAGUUACUCAGCUGCAGGGUUCAGACGCUCUAUCUGGACACCACCUACUGCAACCCUCAGUACACCUUCCCCAGACAGCAAGAAGCCAUCAACUUUGCAGCCAACACAGCCUUUGAACUGGUGACGCUCAACCCGCGUACGCUUGUGGUGUGUGGGUCCUACUCUGUGGGGAAAGAGAAGGUCUUUUUAGCACUGGCAGAGGUCCUGGGGUCUAAAGUGUGCCUCUCUAGAGACAAAUACAACACCAUGUGUUGCCUGGAGUCAGAGCAAGUCAGACAACGUAUAACCACCGACUGGAAGGCGGCCCAAGUCCAUGUGCUGCCCAUGAUGCAGCUCACCUUCAAAAAACUGCAGGAUCACCUGGCACGGUUUUCCGAACGGUAUGAUCGGCUGGUGGCUUUUAAACCCACCGGCUGGACCUUCAGCCAGCAGGUGGAAUCAGUGGAAGCCAUUCAGCCUGAGAUCAGUGGCAACAUCUCCAUUUAUGGAAUCCCAUACAGUGAGCACAGCAGCUUUCUGGAGUUGAAGCGUUUUGUCCAGUGGAUCCAGCCUCUCAAGAUCAUUCCCACAGUCAACAAUGGCAGCUGGUCUAACAGGAAGGCUAUGGAGAAGUGCUUUAGUGAGUGGCUCAUGGAAACUAAAGCUAAACUGUAGCUUAUUACCGUUAAAAUGCACUAAACUCUGCUGCUUGUUGGUAAUGAGAACAAACGAGUUAAUUUUCAUUACUUCAACGCUGUAUGACCACGGCUAACAAAUAUAAUUCAACACUACUUAUUUUAUUACUUUUAUUGAAGUUUCUUGCUUCAGAGUGCUGAGCUCAUGACAGUAGCAUUUCAGCGCAGACUAAAGAGAUAUAAAGGUUUUUCUUUUAUCCACAGUGUCCUGAAUUAAAGCUGUUGUGUGUAAACAUGAUCUGAGGUCAUACAUGUAUCACGACCCACAGUUAGACCUCCCUCACCCAGAAGUAUUUUACAUUGGAACCGAAUUAACUGGAUGUGUGGCUUUGGCCAAUUCCAGUUAUAUUACUGUUUGUCACCAAAAUGCAAAUGCUGCUCUGAUACUGUGCAAUUCCUGUUUCCUAAUGUCUGUAUUUUUUUUUGUAUGUAAUCAAAAUUUUUAUGCUGAAAAUAUAAAUUUU